CAAAAUCAAGGAGGACAUUUGAAACACGGACGGUUUGGGCAUUUUGUUCUCUUUGCUUCCUUCUUUGCUUGUAAUGUGCUUGUUACCUUGACGAUGAACUAUUCAUACGACGAUUCUCGUGCCCUAAACUUGUGGCAGAGAAUACAUUUCAAUACAGAUUCAUCAAAUGAUGCUUCCUCCAGAGCGGACGCCUGGCGAAGAUUGUUGGUUCAACUUCAAACCUUGCGGAGGAGUAAAAGGUUAUCAAGCCAACUUUAUACAAGGAUGUUAGAGAAGUUUACAGGAAACUAUUCUCAAAUUGUAGACAAUCAAAACCCUGACAAAGGCUUGAACAAUUUUGCUGAAUCCGUGUUAGCCCUUGCAUCUGGCCAUCUUAAUGAGAGUCAGGAAUGGACCUCAGGUUUGUCCCUGGAAAGUUUGAAAAAGCUGCCCAUUUAUAAUUCUCUCAUGAACAACAAAAGAGAACUGCAGGAAGAGGAGCCUGUGCAGGCAUCGGGUGUUCCUUUUACUGAUUCACCCUCACAUGAUGAUCAGUUGCACAAGAUUACUGUAAAUCACUCUUCAGAGGGUGCACAACGUCUUAGUAAGAACCUGCAAGAAAACAGGAUAAACACCGAUGGACAAGAUUUGUCAAGUGAAGGGUUUUUGUUAACAAAUAAAUGGACGGAAAGCCAAGGAGUUAUGUUAACUGGUGAAGAUACUUCCAGAAAGGUGUUUGCAGAAACGAGGACAGAAAAAUCAAUUCGGUUGCCACUUAGUUCAACAGGGCAGUGUGGAAUGAAAAGGAAGGCAACAACUCCAAGUGGAGAUGGGAUAUAUCAAGUUCAUGGUCACCAAAAUCCAGGGCAAAGGUUGUACCCAGAUGGAACAUCCAGCACAAGAGAAUCAGCAACAUCUUUGAGAAAUAACAGUCACCCUACUUCUCAUACCAGCAAUUUUAAUUUUUAUCAAGGUUCUGACAAAAAAUAUACCAGAAAUACCUCAGAAAACCAGCACAAUUCUGACGAUAGUGAGCAAGAAAGCAAAGCAUCUUCCUAUUUCAUCACUGCAAAGCAAAAAUUGAUUCUGGAUUCGAAAAAGAACUCCCAACAUGAUGGGUCUGUGAGGCAGGGGAGCAUAAACAAUUCAAUGUAUGGAAGCACGAGGAAAACACUGGGAACUAGGCGAGGUCCAAGCAGGCAGUUCAUCCCUCCGGUGUUAGAUCGAGAUGAUGAUGAUGAUGAAUUACAGAGGGGAAAUGCUAUGGCUGGUUAUUCAAAUCACAGUGGCAAGAAUCAAAGUGGUAAAGUUGCCAGUGGUGAUCCAGAAGUUGAUGAAAGACUGAAAAAUAUUGAGCCAAAAAUGAUAGAACUAAUAACCAACGAGAUUAUGGAUCAUGGCCCACCAUUAUCUUGGGAUGAUAUCGCAGGACUUGAAUUUGCGAAGAAUGUUAUCAAGGAGAUUGUUGUAUGGCCCAUGCUUAGACCUGACAUUUUCAAGGGUUUGCGAGGACCACCGAAGGGUAUCUUACUCUUUGGACCUCCAGGGACUGGUAAAACGUUAAUCGGUAAAUGUAUAGCAAGUCAGUCAAAGGCUACUUUCUUUAGUAUCAGCGCUUCGUCUCUCACAUCAAAGUGGGUUGGUGAGGGCGAAAAGAUGGUACGUGCACUGUUUGCUGUUGCCAGAUGUCAUCUGCCUGCUGUAAUUUUCAUCGACGAAAUAGAUUCACUGUUGUCGCAAAGAACGGAUGGAGAGCACGAUGCUUCGAGGAGAAUAAAAACCGAAUUUCUUGUUCAGCUGGAUGGGGCUACAACGAAUUCAGAUGAAAGAAUUUUGGUGGUUGGCGCUACGAACAGGCCUCAGGAGAUUGAUGAAGCCGCAAGACGUCGUUUAGUGAAAAGGCUUUACAUUCCUCUCCCCGAUGCUGGUGCACGUGAACAAAUCAUGCACAGUCUUCUGUCACAACAGAAAUGUAGUCUCUCUCAAGAAGACGUCAACACCAUAGUUCAGCACACACAUGGAUAUUCGGGCUCAGAUAUGGCGAAUCUUUGUCGGGAAGCUGCCCUUGGACCAAUCAGAAGUAUUACUGAUAUUGAGUUUAUUGACGCUGAUCAGGUUCGACCGAUUCUCUUUAAAGACUUUGACGAGGCUUUACAUCAAGUACGCGCCAGUGUCUCCGAGAAAGAUCUCGAUUUGUACAUUAAAUGGAACAGACUGUAUGGCAGUGGAACAAAAUAAAACACUCUGUAGUUGUUUCCGUUUCACACAGGUUCACUGAAGAAGUUAGUGCAAUUUGAACUUGAAUUUGGAAUUAUCUCGACACAAAGCUUAAUUUUUUUUGGUUACCACUAAGCAUUGUGGUAACCAUGAACUAAGGCUGAUUAAACUGUUUCACGUACAGCUGGGAAGAUAUAGAGCGUAUACUGGCGUUGGUCAAUAUAAUUGAAGGAGUAACAUUCCCAUCGCAAUACAUCUGUUUUGUGAACAAGAAAUGAACUCGGCUUUCACUAUUAUAGCAAAUCCCUGUAGCAAAUUGUUUGCCACAGGGAUUAAAGAACUUAUUGAUUAACUGAAUGCUCUCUUCGGUGACAAAGGACUCGCUUUUGUUUAUGUGGGCUAUUUUUAAAAUUAGUCACUCGCGCAGUGUCAACAAUCAGGAACUGCGAUGCCAGUUUUACUAUCGGUAGAAAUUUUGCAGGUCAGGGGAUGAGAACUCUUAAAAUUGUUCGAUGUAUUGUGAAUAGGACAAAGCUCUACUUGAAAUGCCACUUGCUUGUAAAUAUUCUGGAAGACUA